CACCUCCAUUUCCUCAAAGGAAAUGCCUUGCACAGCACGACUCCUCCCCAUCUACCGCUACCUUUCUACCUACCCAUCUAGCACCCCUCGCUCGCAAAUCGCAAUGGCGCUGGCCACCAACUCCGCCGCAGCAGCCGCGGGCGUGUCCGGUGGCGCGGCAUCGCAGCCGCGCCGUGCGACCGCGUUCCUCCCGCUGAAGAGGCGUACCAUCUCCGCCAUCCACGCAGCCGACCCGUCCAAGAACAACGGGCCCCUGGUCCUCGCGGCCGCAGGCGCCAAGUCGUCCUUCUCGGCGGUGGCCACGCCGGAGAAGAAGCCGGCGGCGCCCGGGAAGUGGGCGGUUGACAGCUGGAGGUCGAAGAAGGCGUUGCAGCUCCCCGAGUACCCGAACGCGGAGGAGCUGGACGCGGUGCUGAAGACCAUCGAGACGUUCCCGCCGGUGGUGUUCGCCGGAGAGGCGCGCCACCUCGAGGAGCGCAUGGCCGAGGCCGCCAUGGGCCACGCCUUUGUCCUCCAGGGCGGCGACUGCGCCGAGAGUUUCAAGGAGUUCCACGCCAACAACAUCCAUGACACCUUCCGCAUCCUGCUCCAGAUGGGCGUCGUGCUCAUGUUCGGUGGCCAGGUGCCGGUCGUUAGGUGUGCCGAUUCGCUAGAUCUGACCACCUAAUUUUGACUAAUUCCGGAUGUUCAAAUCCACCA